AUGGGCUCCGAAGCUCUGCAUUUCAAAUCGCCCAGCGCCGUCAAAUCACCGCCUCAGAACGCUUGCCCCGGCGCCCCUAAAAAACCCGCUACGCCGGCCACUUUGCGCCUGCGCCAUGUGAUGUCAGCCCGCCGAGAAAAAACUUACGUGAGCGUCCGCCCAAUCCCACGCCGCCAUCCAUGCAUUGGCUGCUCCCAGCACGCGCCCACAGGUGCCGAGCGAGCCCGGGACAGUGCCAGAAGCCCGUCUCUCGCACGCGGUCUUGGCUUGAGGCGGGACGCGGGAAGCUGGUCACCUGCUAAGAUGCAAUUUGCACAGCAAAAUGGGCAUUCUGCAGCUUCGAUUGACGAUCCGAGGGAGCAACCCCGGCAGUAG